AUGUCGUAUUCAGCCGAAGUCAAUCAGUUGGUUCUGGAGGGAUCCAAAUCAUACGCUUCAAAAGAUUACGAAUUGGCUUCCGAAAAAUAUGGAAAAGCGUGUGAAGUGUACUCUAAAGAACACGAAGGAGAAGAAGAUGGAGAUUUGUUAUUCUUGUAUGGAAAAGCAUUGUACCAAAACGGUGUAAGCAAGAGUGAAGUAUUGGGAGGUGUUGGAGCUAAUCAGAAAGAUGGAAAAGAAGAGAGGCCAGGUGAGGAGGAUGACGAUGACGAUAACGAGGAUGGAAAGGCGGAGGAUAAAUUUCAAUUCUACGAUGCUGAACCAAUUGAAGGUGAAGAAGAAGAGAAAGAAGACAAAGAAAAACCUACCGAGGGAACAAACAAGAACCAGGAGAUCCGCGAAAGUGAAAAUGGCAAUGAUCAACAAGAAGAAGACGAAGAAGAAGAAGAAGAAGAAGAAGAAGAACCUGGUGAUUUGGAAAUGGCAUGGAUAAUUUUAGAUGCAACACGAGCUGUAUUUGAGGAAAAGCUUGAAUCUGUCACCAAGCCUAAGCAGUCGCCACCUUAUAUUAAGAAUGAUGACGACCCGAUUGACGAUGAAUACGUCACGUUUUUAAAGAAGUUGUCAGAAACCUAUGAUAUAUUAGGUGAAGUGUCAUUGGAAAUGGAAAACUUCCCUCAAUCAGCUCAAGACUUGACCAAGUCACUUGAUUUAAGAUUGCAAUUGUAUCCAUUCGACUCACCGCUUGUAUCGGAAUCACACUAUAAACUAGCGCUUGCUUUAGAAUUUUGCGUUGAGGAUGGACAACAAGAUAUAACUGAAUCAAGAAAGAAAGCGGCAGAACAUAUUCAACUGGCCAUAAAAUCAACAGAAGCCAGGAACAAGAAAGAAACGGACGAGUCAGCAAAAAAGAAUAAUGAGGAAAUGAUUGGUGAAUUGAAAGAAAAAUACGAAGAUUUGAUUAAGGACCCAAGUGAACAGUUGCAACAGGAACAAUUGGACAUAAUGAAGGGAAUUUUGGGAAGCGAAGCUGCUGGUGCUAAUGCAGGCCAAGCAAUCAUCAACAACUUGACUUCAAUUGUACAGAAACAAGGAGAAGAAGGAAGCAGCACUACAGCAAAUGCACCAAAGCCAGUCAACGAUCUAUCGGGCUUAGUAAAGAAAAGAAAGCAAAGUAAAGAUCCUAAGGCUUCAAAAAAAGCAAGAAAGUGA